AUGGCCGGGGAACUUGGUAUGCAGCUACGAAUGUGCGUAUGGAAACCUCUGGAGGUGAAUAAGGUGAUAUGGAUGCACCGUAUUAGGGAAUAUGGCAUAAAUAGAGAUAUAUCUGUGAGGUGUAUUCAUCACGGGUUCCACUUCGAUCGUAUAUCUACCUAUAAGCCAACAUCGGCGUUGCCAGCUAACGAAUUAGAUGACGUCAGCAGAAUCUCAAUAAAGACGCUGCCAUUCCCAAAUGAAGUUACGAAAAAAUUGUUCCAGCUAAUCAAAGCUGCUGGGAAGAAGAAGGAUAUCGAUGCAUGUGGCUCAUAUAUAAGCAAAAGGCUUGCCGCAAGAAGAUGUGUCGAGGUACCAAGGGUCCUACCGUCACUUCUUUUGGACGCAAACUCUACCGAUACCGAAUAUCUGGACGCUUUGAAAAAAAUGUCAAGCGACCCGAGAUUUGAACAUCUUAAAGAGCUAUUACAACAGAAUAGACUUGGACCAAAUGAACAGGCACAGAUCGAACUUGCCGCAGCAGAAGAUUCACGGCAUAAAAACUAUACAAUACAUUUCUCACCAAACAUCGCUAUUGCGCAUACGGCACAUACAUUCUUCGGAUAUUACGCCGUAUGCCUGCGCAUCUUUAAUGAAAUUAACUUGAGGGCGCCGAACUUUAAACCUUCGCGAAUCAUGUUCUAUAGCGCUGGAGCCGGGGCUUCGGUGGCAGCAGCACAUACGAUAUGGGAUUUAGAUACAUUUGAGGACAUUCUGGUCGUGGAGCCUUCGCAAAACCUCCUCAAUAUAUGUGAAUACCUCUUACCAGAAUUUAAAAACAAGAGGCAUCAAAGUGAUAUCUAUGAUAGCACUGAGCUAUUUGAUUGCAUAGUCGUCCCAUAUCACUUGACGAACAUUCGGGGGUCACCGGCAAGGUCACUUUUGGUGAAGAAUCUAUGGAAUAGAGUUAAUAUCGGAGGUUACAUGGUUUUUGUUGAAGUUGGAACACCGACAGGAUUUAGGAUUCUACAUUCCAUACGAGAAGUGUUCAUAUCUCAACUAGAGAAGGGCUAUUUCCAUUUUCUAGCACCAUGUCCCCAUGAGGGUAUUUGUCCACUGGCAUUGACUGGAAAAGAUUGGUGCCACUUCUCUCAACGAAUUUACAGAAUACCACAUUAUCUAUACAAAAAGGGAUCAAUCGCCAGAUCGAUCGACAACGAAAAGUUCUCGUAUCUGGUAGUUGGGAAGUCGCCUGGACCGAGGCACAAGCUGAAAUCUGAAGCUGAAGCUAAAAGUGCAGAUGAAAAAUCAUUCUUCUGGCCAAGACUAGUCAUGCCUCCUCUAAAACUGGGACGAAGGGUCAUAAUGGACGUUUGCUCGGCUCCCAAUAACUUCAAAAGGAUUAUCGUCUCCAAGAACACUCCCGAGGUCGGCGGCUACAAAUAUGCAAGAGAUGCCAUGUGGGGAGAUCUUUGGAGGUUUCCUUACAGGGAGCAACAGCCAGUUGCUAGGGCCUACACUCCAGAGAGCGUCAAGAGGCGAGUUCUCAACAACGAUGAUCUUCAGGCGAAUGUAAAAGAAUCAAUAGAACACACUGAUGUCAAGGUUAAGGAGAAAAUUGAACGCGACCUUGUUAGGCAUUACGGGGGAUGA